CUAACCAACCGGAAGCGCGGAUUGAUUCCUCCAUGGCCAACAAGGGCGGAUAGAAAAAAGGGAGAAAUCAGACGAGUCCUUAUUAAAUAAUAAGCUAUUAAGCAUCGACCGGAAUUUGUCAAUAGGAAGAGGAAAGCGUUCAAAUCUUAAACUGAGUGAUUCUCCGCUGGAAGAAGGGAUUAUUCUGAGGAAUAUGGGAUCUACCUUCAGGGUCCUUACCUGCUGGGCACCGUAAUGGUGCUACCUAUCCCAGCUGAGCACUUCGCUUCCCUCUGAAGGAGCAGGAUGACAAGAUGGCACAGCUGCUUAUACCGCCCGGACCUGACAGCUUCCGCCCCUUCGUCCCCGAGUCGCUGGCCGCCAUCGAAAGGCGCAUCGCCGAGGAGGAGGCCCAGAGACCACGGGUGGAGCGCCGCAGCGACAGCGACGAUGAAAAUGGGCCCAAGCCCAACAGCGAUGUGGAGGCGGGGAAAUCUCUCCCCUUCAUUUAUGGGGACAUCCCUCCCGGCCUGGUGUCCACUCCUCUGGAGGACAUCGACCCCUACUAUAGCAGUCAGAAGACCUUCAUAGUAUUGAAUCGUGGGAAGGCAAUCUUCCGUUUCAAUGCCACUCCUGCUUUGUACAUCCUAAGUCCCUUCAAUCCUCUGAGGAGGAUAGCUAUUAAAGUUUUAGUGCACUCGAUGUUCAGCAUAUUGAUCAUGUUCACGAUCCUGACCAACUGUGCUUUCAUGACCCUCAGUAAUCCCCCAGAUUGGGCCAAGAAUGUAGAGUACACAUUUACGGGGAUUUACACCUUUGAGUCCCUUAUAAAGAUCCUGGCCAGGGGCUUCUGUGUGGGGAAGUUCACUUUCUUGCGAGACCCGUGGAACUGGCUGGACUUCAGUGUUAUCCUCAUGGCAUAUGUCACAGAGUUUGUGGACAUGGGCAAUGUCUCAGCACUGCGAACCUUCAGGGUUCUGCGAGCCCUGAAAACUAUAUCAGUCAUCCCAGGUUUGAAGACUAUUGUUGGUGCACUGAUCCAGUCAGUGAAAAAGCUGUCAGAUGUGAUGAUCCUCACCGUGUUCUGUCUCAGUGUCUUUGCCCUCAUCGGCCUCCAGCUCUUCAUGGGCAACCUGAGGCAGAAGUGCGUGCGCAUUCCUUUGGGCAGCAACACAACUUUGAACAACACACAUGAAAGCAACAACACAUUGGUGGAGAACAUCACAUUGGUGGAGAACGUCACGUUCAUGGAGAACAUCACAAAAAACUCCUUCGACUGGAUAGAGUACAUCAAUGAUGAGAGAAAUUACUAUUACCUCCCUGGCCGUAGGGAUGCUCUGCUCUGUGGAAAUGGCAGUGGUGCUGGGUCUCAAGUCAGAUUGAGCAGGGUCUGCCCAGAGGGCUUUUCAUGUUUGAAAGCAGGUCGCAAUCCAGACUACGGCUACACCAGCUUUGACACCUUCAGCUGGGCCUUCCUGUCCUUGUUCCGCCUCAUGACCCAAGACUACUGGGAAAACCUCUACCAGCAGACUUUGCGUGCAGCAGGGAAGCCCUACAUGAUCUUCUUCGUGCUGGUGAUCUUUCUGGGGUCUUUUUACCUGGUCAACCUGAUCUUGGCUGUGGUGGCCAUGGCUUAUGACGAGCAAAACCAGGCCACCAUCGAGGAGGCCCAGCAGAAAGAGGAGGAGUUCCAGGCUAUGCUGGAGCAGCUGAAGAGACAGCAGGAGGAGGCACAGGUUGCCGCGGCAGCAGCCACAGAGAGUGGCGAAUACAGCGGGAGAGGACGCCCUACCUCCGAGUCCUCCUCAGGGACAUCUAAGCUCAGCUCGAAAAGCGCCAAAGAGCGACGCAACAGGCGGAAGAAGAGGAAGCAGAGGGAGGAAGAGGAGGAGAGGGGGUGCCGUGACAAGUUCCACAAAUCUGAGUCUGAGGACAGCAUCAAGAGGUCCAGCUUCCGUUUCUCUAUUGAUGCCAACAGGCUUUCUUAUGAGAAGAGAUGCUCUUCACCCAACCAGUCUCUUCUCAGUAUCCGUGGCUCAAUCUUCUCACCUCGGAGGAACAGCCGUGCAAGUCUUUUCAGCUUCCGUGGCCGGGCGCGAGACAUGGGCUCCGAGAACGACUUUGCGGAUGACGAGCACAGCACCUUUGAGGAGAGCGACAGUCGCCGGGGCUCCUUGUUCUUGCCGCGCCGCCUCGAGCGCCGGUGCAGUGCCGUUAGCCAGACCAGCCUCGGAGCACCUCGGAUAAUGCUGCCCGCCAAUGGCAAGAUGCACUGUGCAGUAGACUGCAACGGUGUGGUGUCACUGGUCGGUGGAACUUCUGCAACAACCUCUCCUGUAGGUCUCCUGCUGCCUGAGGGGACAACUACAGAUACUGAGCUUAAGAAACGGCGGUCGGGUUUUCACCAGCCAUCUAUGGAUUAUUUAAAUGAACCAGGUGGCCGACAGAGAGCCAUGAGUGUGGCCAGUAUCCUCACCAACACUAUGGAAGAACUUGAAGAGUCGAGACAAAAAUGCCCUCCUUGCUGGUAUAGAUUUGCCAACACCGGCCUGAUCUGGGAUUGUUGUCCUGCGUGGCUGAAAAUCAAAGAGAUUGUCAGCAUGGUGGUCAUGGAUCCAUUUGUGGAUCUAGCAAUCACAAUUUGCAUAGUCCUCAACACCCUUUUCAUGGCCAUGGAGCAUUACCCCAUGACAGAAGAAUUUGAUAAUGUCCUUUCUGUGGGAAACUUGGUGUUUACAGGCAUCUUCACAGCAGAGAUGUGCUUUAAGAUUAUCGCUCUGGAUCCCUACUAUUACUUCCAGGAGGGCUGGAACAUCUUUGAUGGCAUUAUUGUUAGCCUCAGCCUGAUGGAGCUUGGCUUGGCUAACGUUGAAGGGCUGUCUGUACUCAGGUCCUUCAGAUUGCUGAGAGUCUUCAAACUAGCCAAGUCUUGGCCAACUUUGAACAUGCUCAUCAAGAUCAUCGGUAACUCUGUGGGUGCUCUGGGAAAUUUGACUCUGGUGCUGGCCAUCAUCGUGUUCAUCUUCGCUGUGGUGGGCAUGCAGAUGUUUGGCAAAAACUACAAGGAGUGCGUGUGUAAGAUUUCAGAGGACUGCAUGUUGCCCCGCUGGCACAUGCACGAUUUCUUCCACUCCUUCCUUAUCGUGUUCCGGGUGCUGUGUGGAGAGUGGAUUGAAACCAUGUGGGACUGCAUGGAGGUGGCAGGACAGACUAUGUGUCUUAUCGUCUUCAUGAUGGUCAUGGUGAUUGGAAACCUGGUGGUUCUAAAUCUCUUCCUGGCUCUCCUACUGAGUUCAUUCAGUGCCGACAACCUGGCGGCAACCGAUGAGGACAGCGAGAUGAACAACCUGCAAAUUGCUGUGGGCAGGAUCCAGCGGGGCAUCGCAUUUGUCAAAAACGCAGUGCGGCAGUUCCUCCAGAGCUUGUGCUUUGGCAGGGGUGGAAAGGGCUCUGGUCUUGCUGAGGAAAGCAAACCCCUGGAUGAACUACACAGCAAUGGCAAGGGCAACUGCAUUUCCAAUCACACAACAGUGGAAAUCACCAAAGACCCCAGUGGGGUGUACAUGAGGGAGGGCAACGGACGACCAGGAGGGCUGGUGGUUGGGGUCAGUGUAGGACGGGACAGUACGGGAAAAUACCCAGUUGAGGACUGUGACUACAUGUCAUUUAUUCAUAACCCCAGCCUGACAGUCACGGUGCCUAUUGCUGUGGGCGAGUCAGACUUUGAGAACCUAAACACAGAAGAUUUCAGUAGCGACUCAUCUGACGUGGAGGGCAGCAAAGAGAAGCUCGACGUAGAGCCCCAGCCACUGAGCUCAUCGGAGGGGAGCACAGUCGAUAUCCGCCCCCCUGGAGAUGGGGUUGAUUCAGUGGAGCUGGAACCUGAGGAGUCACUGGACCCAGAAGCCUGCUUUACAGAGGGCUGUGUGCGCAGGUUCCAGUGCUGCCAGAUCAGUGAGGAGGGAGACAAGUUUAAGAGCUGGUGGACACUCAGGAAAACCUGCUUUAUCAUAGUAGAGCAUAACUGGUUUGAAUCCUUCAUCAUAUUCAUGAUUCUGCUGAGCAGUGGAGCACUGGCUUUUGAGGACAUUUACAUCGAGCAGCGGCGGACCAUCAAAACCGUGCUAGAGUACGCAGACAAAGUGUUCACUUACGUCUUCAUCCUUGAAAUGCUGUUAAAGUGGGUGGCAUAUGGCUUUGUCAAGUACUUCACCAAUGCCUGGUGCUGGCUGGACUUCUUAAUUGUAGACGUGUCCUUGGUCAGCCUGGUAGCAAAUGCUCUGGGCUACUCUGAGCUUAGUGCCAUCAAAUCUCUGAGGACACUGCGAGCUCUACGGCCCCUGAGGGCCUUGUCUCGGUUUGAGGGCAUGAGGGUUGUGGUGAAUGCAUUGCUGGGAGCCAUCCCCUCCAUCAUGAACGUGCUGCUGGUCUGCCUCAUAUUUUGGCUCAUCUUCAGCAUCAUGGGUGUCAACCUGUUUGCGGGCAAGUACUACUACUGCGUCAAUGCCACCACGGAUGAGCCCUUCCCUAGCGAAGUCGUCAACAACAAGUCUGACUGCCUGAGCUUGAAUGACAGUGCCCGCUGGAAGAAUGUUAAAAUCAACUUUGACAAUGUGGGAGCCGGCUAUCUGGCUCUGUUGCAAGUGGCAACAUUUAAGGGUUGGAUGGACAUCAUGUAUGCAGCUGUGGACUCUCGGGAUUUGGAAGAACAGCCUAAAUAUGAAGUAAACUUGUACAUGUACCUCUACUUUGUCAUCUUCAUCAUCUUUGGCUCCUUCUUCACACUCAACCUUUUCAUUGGUGUCAUUAUCGACAACUUCAAUCAGCAGAAGAAAAAGUUGGGAGGUCAGGACAUCUUCAUGACUGAAGAACAGAAGAAAUACUACAACGCCAUGAAGAAACUGGGGUCCAAGAAGCCGCAGAAACCUAUACCUCGACCAACAAAUGCGUUUCAAGGCUGUGUCUUUGACUUCAUCACAAAGCAGGCCUUUGACAUCGUGAUCAUGAUCCUCAUCUGCCUUAACAUGGUGACCAUGAUGGUAGAGACGGAUGCCCAGACGAAAGAGAUGGACCAUAUCCUGUACUGGAUUAAUCUGGUCUUUAUUGUGCUCUUCACUGGGGAGUGUGUGCUCAAGAUGAUUUCACUGCGUCACUAUUACUUCACCAUUGGCUGGAAUAUUUUUGACUUUGUGGUGGUGAUCCUUUCGAUUGUAGGCAUGUUUUUAUCUGAAGUUAUCGAGAAGUACUUUGUGUCCCCGACACUGUUCCGAGUGAUACGAUUGGCCAGGAUAGGCCGAAUCCUCCGCCUUAUCAAAGGUGCCAAGGGCAUCCGGACGCUUCUCUUUGCCUUGAUGAUGUCACUCCCUGCCCUGUUCAACAUUGGCCUCCUCCUCUUUCUUGUUAUGUUUAUCUAUGCCAUUUUUGGCAUGUCCAACUUUGCUUAUGUCAAGCGGGAGGCAGGAAUCGAUGACAUGUUCAAUUUCGAGACCUUUGGGAACAGUAUGAUCUGUUUGUUUCAGAUUACCACCUCAGCUGGGUGGGAUGGCCUGCUGGCACCCAUACUUAACAAGAGGGACCCUGACUGUGAGAGCCAGCUGGAGCACCCAGGCAACUCCUACAAAGGCAAUUGUGGCAAUCCAUCAGUAGGCAUCUUCUUCUUUGUCAGCUACAUCAUCAUCUGCUUUCUCAUUGUGGUCAACAUGUACAUUGCUGUGAUCCUGGAAAACUUUAGCGUGGCCACUGAGGAGAGUGCCGAGCCACUGAGCGAGGAUGACUUUGAGAUGUUCUAUGAAGUGUGGGAACGCUUUGAUCCUGAUGCCACGCAGUUUGUGGCGUACAGCAAACUCUCUGACUUUGCAGAUGCUCUAGAUCCACCUCUACGCAUACCCAAGCCUAACAUGAUUCAGCUCAUCUCCAUGGACCUGCCCAUGGUGAGUGGUGAGCGCAUCCACUGCCUCGAUAUUCUGUUUGCCUUCACUAAAAGAGUUUUGGGUGAAGGCGGUGAAAUGGACAUGUUGCGCGGACAGAUGGAGGACCGCUUUAUGGCCUCCAACCCCUCUAAGGUGUCUUACGAGCCCAUCACCACCACGUUGCGCCGCAAACAGGAGGAAAUGUCUGCUAUAAUCAUCCAGAGAGCCUUCCGGCGCUACAUGAUCCGCCUGGCCAUGAAGAAGGCCUCAGCCCUCUACAAGGAGCAGUUGAAAGAGGGCAUGCAUGACCCUGACAAGGAUGUGAUGGUCAUCAGCAAGUUCAAUGAGAACUCCACGUCAGAGAAAAUGGACAUGACCCCCUCCACAGCCUCCCCGCCAUCAUAUAACAGUGUGACAAAGUCAGAUAAGGACAAAUACGAAAAAGAAAAUAGGGAAAGAGAAAAUAAAGCAAAAGACUUGAAAGACCGAAAGAAAUAGACUUCUUAAAAAGGAACAACAACAAAAAAAGAAUGCAUCAGAGACAUGAGGGAACUUUGUUUAAAGCUUAUAUAUAUAGGGGAUAUAUAGAUUCACAUUUGUGUUGAUUGUUCCAACAUGAGGAGUCUGUGCCAUGUAGGCAUGGAAUGGGAAUGUGGUUAUGUCAAUAUAUGGGGAAUACGAAAACAAACUGUCCAGCAGACACUGCCAGAGUUUGAGUGGGAAACAGAACAGCCUCUCUGCAAAACGCUUGUGAUUCUCCUAUUGGUUUUUGUUACUGACACACUUGAGUGUACUGUUAAGUUUUCUGUAGCUAGUGCUGCUGCUACUACUAUAAAUCCAGUGUCUUGAAUUUAACAAUCGCUGUAUCACUUAACAAUUGCUCCACAUUCUUCUGUGAAUUUUCCUUUCCAGUUUCCAGUUUCGUUUUUUAAUGCGAAAGAAUGUUUUCUACAUUGUUUUGUUUCAUUAUCGUGAGAAUGUGUCCACUGCUUUCACUGUUGUAAAAUCACCAAGGGCAGACUAAGUCAAUGCUGGAAAAUACAACAACCACCUGAAACUCGUACAAUGCAGGGUCAAUGCCAGAAUGCUCUUGGUUCAUACGGUAUACAAAGCUGAAAUAACGAACACGCCACUAAAGUGCAAUGAACAAACACAUUGCAUUUACUGAUGUACCAUCACUGAUUGUUGAAAUCUGUAUUGUUCCUAUUUCAGUAGAAAUUACAAGUCUCCAAAUACAGAGAAGCUGAAUGUAUGCAAGAAAAGGAAUGAGACGCAUUAAAGGAAACUUGUUCCUUGGGAAAUACUCUUGAUUGCUCUUUUAUAGAGAGUUUGAUGACAAAAUUGCUACCACUCCCAUUUCCAUCUGUUUAGUAUAAAGCUAGAGCCAAGGGAUUGUUAGCUGAACUGAGCAUGAAGGCCAGACUCGGGCUAAAAGUGUCAAACAUCUAGAUUUUUUGUUUGAGAAUGUAUGUAUAUAUAAAAUUGAGGUAAUUUUAGCAUACUAAUAAAAUAGCAGCAGAAGCCUUACACAAAUUCAUGUAUGGAAUUGAUAAAGUCUUUGUUAGUAAAUUUAACUAUAGUCCCAUCAAGCCAGAGCACAGUCACUGCAAAAAGGUUCCAGAUGAUGAUGUAUACACCAUCAGUUAUUCUCACUCAUGAAGCUAUAACUGCUAACUGCUGUGGUUUAAACAAGUGUGCCUGUCUAGUUUGUGCUGAUUGGCAUUUUUGGGUACAACUGUAUUGGAGGUGGUGUGCAUUAGUCUUGGAUUGGCACUGAAAUAAUAAUUGACACUGGUUGGGAGCACGGAAAACGAUUUGUUUUAUUUGGUCGUAUGUUAUUUUAAUUCAAAGUUAACAUUGUUUUAGGUGUCUUUGGUCCAAGACUAGGGUUUAAUGGGCAGUCCAGUUCCUUGUUUACCACUGGAGGUCAAGGAAACAUAUUGACACAAUUAUGAAUGGUUUCACAGCUGCCAAUCCCAAGCCUAAUCAAAUAUGACAAUUUAGCACAUAAGGCUAAUUAGCUUUUUUUUUUACCCCCUGUUUUUUCACGACGAAUACUUUAAUAUAGUUUUUAUAAUGGUUCAUGUUGGAUAAUGUUAAAGGCUUCUGGAAUAAUGUCAGAGUCAGGUUAGGAUUAAAAUAUUCUAAAUGACAACAGUUGGAACCCUCAUGUUCACGAUGGGUGUCAUCUUAGUUUUAUGCAAACCUCUUCAUAUAAAGUGUUACUGGACAUUGUUGACCUCCCUGAUUACUGUCUUCAUGCUAAGUUAAGCACAGUUCAUUAGUUUUUGUUUUUACCUCUCCAUAAUAUUACUUUAUUAGUAAAUGAUAAAGUUAAGUCCUGGUUUUAUCCCUUUUCCUCUACACAUUCUCUACACCUGUUAGUUCCUAUCCCAACCCCAUAUGUCGUUUCACUAGCUGGGCCCACGUCCUCAUUUUAGGUUUGGCAGCGUUUUUAGUAGAUAAAGGCGAAUGGCUUAAUUUUUUUUUUUUCUUAUAUCUUAUACAGAUAUAAGAGUGGUAAUAAUCUUCUCACUGGCUCUGGCAGUGAAGCAAAUAAGCACAUUUUCGCAAAACGCGUCUCUGAGAAUAACACUCAAACCUGCUCGUCUCACAGCGCAGUGUCUUUCACAUACGUUUGUCGUCCUCCCUUUAUCCUCCACCCCACUUCCUCCCAGAACUCCUUACGUAAUGAAAUAUUCUAAAAAGAUCUUUCUAACUGCUGUCAAGCUAGAACAUUACAAUAUAUCACAUUAAAGGUUGGUUAUAAUAUCACAGAUGUUUGUAUGCCAUUCAUGUUUAAAUUGAGCGUGUGAUUUAAUGUAGUGGUUUGGUUUGUAAAUAUUAUAGAUAUUUGGGCUCACAGUAUGCAUCACACAUUUGAUGUAUAAGAUGAAGCACUUUUUAUCCCCACUGCUAUGUAAUACCAUGUGUGACGGUCACAUUUGUGUGUGCGAGACAAAGGGCGAGUGUGUCUGUAUAUUUGUAUAUGUUUAUCUAUGUAAGAAUGGGACUGCGUGAAUGUAGGCAUCUAUCUCUUUAUGUGAGCGAGUGUGUCUGUGUGCAUUAGGGUCUGCAGGUUGCUUAUAUGCUAUUGAUUAUAAAUAACAUUUUCACUGUAGAUAUGAGUGCAUUUUUCCAGUCUUUGACGUUGAUUCACAUUUUUCUAGAAGAGUUUUUUUUUUCAUUCUGCACUGUAACCUUUGACAAUAUAAAAGAUGGACGUAACUGCUGUGACAUCAACUCAACAGUUUCCAAAGUUGCGAUUUGAAGCUUUGAGAUGAACGUUUCCACUGUUGCAGCCUUGGUUGCAAGAAAUUGGAUGUGAUGACAAACGGGUGGGUCUGACUAUGACACUGCUUGCUCAUUGGCUACUGACUGGUAAUUGACAAUUCAACUGAUGAGGUUUUUUGAAACAUGGUAUGAGCAAGUUUUACAAAUUAAUUCAUUUUUAUUUACCCAAAUCGAGCGACUAAGAUAAUGAACUCAGCAACAAAGUGUUUACAGAGCUCAAGAAAGAGCCCUUCACGGGACAGGAAGUGUUUUUUGCAACCGCAGCUAUCGUCAUCUGGUGGCCUUCAGAUAGAAUAUAGGUUUUUAGGCACUUCCACAUUGGCUUCAUUUUUUCUGACCAGGAAGCUAUGUCCAUCUUUUUUAUUGUCUAUGACUGUAACACAUGAUGAAACACAUGUAUGGUCCCCAUAUCUGUAGAUACAAACCAUGAAGCAAUCAGUAGCCAUCUUUCAUUGCGCUUGUAGUGUUUUAGUGAACUGCAUGCCAGAAGUGACUACUGUCCGCUCAUAUGGUAAUAUAAUUUCAAAGCCAAAAGAAUAAAGGACAUAUUUUUUGUAAAUGCUUGUUUAUUUUCUCCACUUCCUUCCUUGUCUUUUCUUUCAGGGUCUAAAAGUUUGCUCAUAUGUGUGUGCCAUCAGCUCUUUGAUCUGUGAUCUGAACCUGAAGUAUGAUUGCAUUACAGGUUUAACAGGAUCUUUCAUGUGAUUCAAGUACAUGUUACACCUGACUGUAUCGAUUUGCAAAAUGUGACAAGUGACUUUUUUUUUGUUAUAACCAAAGAUGUGGCAACUAAAAAGUAAACACCUAGAUUUUCAAAAUAAAA